AAUGAAAUCAGCAUCACAUAAUUGGUAAAGAGUCAGAAACUUUCUCGUCUCCUCUCUUUCACUAAUGACACCACUAACUCCAUCCACCCAAAAACUCUUUCCAUUUUACUGGAAAACUAUAUAAGCAAACGUCACCUCUUAUCCCACCUACUUCACUCAUGCGUGCUUACCACGUCCCAUUUAGCAUUCACAAAGAUGAUGGGACCCACUGCUCAUGCACGACACCUAUCCAUUCGCGCGUGGAGAAUCCCUCGUUGGAUGCGCUUUGCCCUAGUCGUCUGCGAACACAUCCUUCUCUCUCUAUAUCCACCAUGAACCACCACCGUACUCCGAUCACCUCCUCCAAUCUCCUUUCGAAUUCUUCCAAUCGGCCGGUUUGCCGCUCGUCUCGCCGAUCUACUAGUUUCGCAACUUUUGUUUCUGAGGGUUAAAAUGGAACCGAUGGAUAUCGUUGGUAAGACGAAGGAGGAUGCUUCACUUCCCAAAGCAACUAUGACAAAGAUUAUUAAAGAAAUGUUGCCCCCUGAUGUUCGUGUUGCCAGAGAUACGCAGGAUCUUUUGAUUGAAUGUUGUGUGGGAUUGAAGUCUCUCCUAUGUUCUUUCCUUCAACUAGAUUAUAUAGAGUUCAUCAAUCUUAUAUCAUCAGAAUCAAAUGAAGUUUGUAAUAGAGAAGAUAAACGAACAAUUGCACCAGAACACGUACUCAAGGCUUUAGAGGUUCUCGGAUUUGGGGAAUAUAUUGAAGAAGUUUAUGCUGCAUAUGAACAACACAAGCUGGAGACCGUGGACACUGUGAGAGCUGGGAAGUGGAGCAAUAAUGUAGCUGAAAUGACUGAAGAAGAAGCAUUAGCUGCACAACAAAGGAUGUUUGCUGAAGCACGUGCGAGGAUGAAUGGGGUUGUUACAGUUCCGCCCAAACAGCAAGACCCGGAAGUGGAGAAAAAAUUGGAUUGCUAACUUAGGGCCUAGUUUUUUCUUUAGGCAAGCACCACUUUGGUUUUACAAGUGGUUUCUCUUUUGUCAUGUACAAAAAGCUCCUGGCACCCUUGCCUUCUUGUGACUAGUGAACUUUCUUCAGAAUAGUCUCUACGGCCUACAAGUGCUUUCAGUAUGUUUUUUAUUUGUCA